UUACCCCAAAGUACUACAUGUGUUCUAAACAGGUGCAGAUGCGCUAGGAUAAUUGGAAUGAAUUAUACAAUUGCUUUCCUUGUACUGUUAACGCAGGUUGGAUUAACCUUUAGCCAAAGUGGAUCGUUUCUCGGCGUUUCUUCGUGCCAAUGUAAGACACCUUUGAACCAACGUGUGGCGUGUCCGGGUGGGGAGAAUCUGACGGAGGACGAAUGUCUUGCAAGCUCUUGCUGUUACAAAACGGCAGUGCCAGCUGCACAAGAUUCCACUGCUUAUCCUGCGUGCUUUGCCCCUAAAGAGUCAUGUCUCGGUCAGUGUGAUAUCGUACCGUACAUGCGAGCACCUUGCGGCUUGUGGUCUGCCGGGCAAAGCCUAUGUGACGCAGUUGGCUGUUGCUACGACCGACGAAUGUUUCCCUACUGCUUCUACCCGGCGGACUCGACCCCGCCGGAGCCUGGCACAGUACCAAUCACGACCACUCCAGCAACUACCUUACCACCCACUACUCAAGCUCCCGUGGUACCCGGGGGUCCAAACCUAAGGUUCUUUGAUCCUGUCAAUUCGUAUUUCAUCACGGUUGACUGCAGAGACAUGGCGUACGUAGAACCAUGCGGUGCAUCUGACAUUAGCAGAGAAGAAUGUUUGCUCGAAUCUUGCUGUUGGAAAUCAAUGCUGGGAAUUGUUGGUUGUUACAGAACAGUAUCAACACACGAAACACAAGGAGAUAAUACAGCUACAGCGGAAAGCAUCGGUGCUCAACUACGACAGCGGUUGAGCGUUGGCGAAGAACUGGAACCUGACACUGAAACCGACUCGUCACCCUUGCAAUCUUACAACUAUGGAAACUUUAGCGUAGCUCUAGAGUGUCCUGGGGGAAACAGAACAAAUGAAACGACUAUGUUUCCAUGCGCAACAAAUGAAAUAAAUGAGUGUCUCGAUAGAUCUUGCUGUUGGAGCGACGGACAUUGUUACGUCCCAAUUACUUCGUUCCAAGAAAAUAUAACACAAGAGUUAUUCUCUGACGUCGCACUCUUUCCAGCGAUGAUGCACGAUGCAGAAUACUGGAUACCGUCAAGAAUCAAUCUACGAAUUAUCUUAGAAGAUGAUGGAGAUGAUUUUCAAGUCGCUUGCUCCGUGGAUAAAGUGUCUCUUCCAUGCGGAGAGAACAACAUCAGUAGGUCGGAAUGCAUUGCUCUAGGAUGCUGUUGGCGGCCAGAGUAUGCUGCGAUGGAAGAACUAUCUACUGUGUGUAUGCUUCCAACCAUUGAGAGGAAUAAAAACAAAACUCAAAUAGAUAGGAAUGAAGCAAUGCUUAACUGGUUGAGUUGGGGAAGCUGGAGUGAAUGUAUGGCCACAUCUCCAUGUUCCGAAGACGGAAUUAAACAUCGUUCAAGAAUCUGCCCACACAAUUCUACCACACAAGAUACGAACUCAGCUAUGCCCGAAAACCGAUGUUCAGGAUCUGCAUAUGAAUCAGAGACGUGUUAUGGAGUAACUACGUGCGUGGUGGCGGGCUGGACUGCAUGGUCGGGUUGGUCAGCUUGCGACAACCAUUGCGGUGCAGGGUUAACCAGAAGAGAGAGAUUCUGCAAAGAGAAGAAGGAUAGUGGCGCCGAUAUCAAAAAUCCCGAAUGUCAACCAAUUGUGAUUGCCGUGGAAAACACGCCAAGCCAAAUUCAAGAAGAGGUUUGCAACUCGAACAUCUGCGAUGUUUGGGCAAGCUGGUCAUCCUACACCCCAUGCGAUGCACCAUGUGAAUCUGAGGGAUAUGAACUUGCAGUAAGAAAAUGCCUUAACGGAAGGGGACAAAACCAAGUCGAGUCUUGUGAAAAGAAGCGAAUAAGGUGCUUCGGUCCUCCGGUUUGUUUACAAGCUUGGAGUGAAUGGCAAGAGUGGUCAUCUUGUUCCCAGAGUUGCAGCAAUGGGACAAGAACUAGAAUUCGGUCGUGUGUUCAUAUUAAUGGAACACUGGUGUCUCCUAAUAAAUGCGGAAAAGGAAAUAGCGACCAAGAAAUGGAAUCGUGUAAUACGGAUCUUUGUUUACAGUGGGGAGAUUGGGAAGUACAUGGUGAAUGUAACGCAGAUUGUGAAGAAAAUGGGACACGGCAAUACGUGAAGACUUGUCUUAAUCCUGUAGACUUCACUGAUGUUGAUGAUUCGUGUCGUAUCAAGUUUGAACCUUGUAUUGGUUCUUUGUGUCCUGGUACUUGGGGUUCGUGGUUUAGUUGGUCAGAAUGUGGUGAUGUUUGUGGACCAUCUACUAAAUCUAGAACAAGGGAUUGUUACGUCAAAGAACAGGUAUUUGAUGACGUCGCCCGUUGCCAAGAUACGAAUCCUGGUUCAAGUGAUACAAACGAAACAACUUGUAAUGACAACAUGUGCCCUGAAUGGAGUGAUUGGAUUGAUAACAACGAUUGUAAUGCACCAUGUAGAAGUAAUGGCAACCAAAGCAGAUUCAAACAGUGUCUUAAUUCUACAUGGUCGGAACAAUAUGAUGAAAACAUGCUGGUACAUGAUCCAUCAUGUUAUCAAAGCGUGGUGGCCUGUACUGGUGCACCAAUUUGUCCACCAGAAUGGAAUGAAUGGCAGCAGUGGUCUUCUUGCUCUGAAUCUUGCACCAACGGAACAAGAAUAAGAGAAAGGUCUUGUAAGAAUGAAAAUGGAACUAUCGUUUCUAAUGAAGAAUGUAUAGGUGCAAAUGGUCAUCAACAAUCUGAAGCAUGUAACAUGGAUCUUUGUUUAGAAUGGGGAGAUUGGGAAGUACGUGGUGAAUGUAACGCAGAUUGUGAAGAAAAUGGGACACUGCAAUAUGUGAAGACUUGCCUUAAUCCUGCACACUUUACUAACGUAGAUGACUCGUGUCGUAUCAAGUUUGAACCUUGUAUUGGUUCUUUGUGUCGUGGUACUUGGGGUUCGUGGUUUAGUUGGUCAGAAUGUGGUGAUGUUUGUGGGCCAUCUACUAAAUCUAGAACAAGGGAUUGUUACGUCAAAGAAGAGGUAUUGAAUGACGUCACCCGUUGCCAAGAUACGAAUCCUGGUUCAAGUGAAACAAACGAAACAACUUGUAAUGACAACAUGUGCCCUGAAUGGAGUGAUUGGAUUGAUAACAACGAUUGUAAUGCACCAUGUAGAAGUAAUGGCAACCAAAGCAGAUACAAAACUUGUCUUAAUUCUACAUGGUCGGAACAAUAUGAAGAAAACAUGCUGGUACAUGAUCCAUCAUGUUAUCAAAGCGUGGUGGCCUGUACUGGUGCACCAAUUUGUCCACCAGAAUGGAAUGAAUGGCAGCAGUGGUCUUCUUGCUCCGAAUCUUGCACCAAUGGAACAAGAAUAAGAGAAAGGUCUUGUAGGAAUGAAAAUGGAACCGUCGUUUCUACCGAAGAGUGCAUCGGGCAAAUAGCCAUCAACAAUCUGAAGUAUGUAACAUGGAUCUUUGUUUACGAUGGGGAGAUUGGGAAGUAUAUGGUGAAUGUAACGCAGAAUGUGAAGAAAACGGGACACAGCAAUAUGUAAAGACUUGUCUCAA